GGAGAACAGCCACGUUUUGGUGUCUUCUCCCUUUUCAACUGCGCUAUGCUCCUAAAUUAUAUCACGGGAUUACUAUAGUUAAUUCCCAUAAUGAGACCGCUCCAUCUUCCAGAACAAGCCGGGAAAUCUUUAUGUAAACAUGGCAAGCAUCCACUGCGAACUGAGUCACAUCCAGGGCAGACUGCAGCCUGCAGACUGAGCAGGGCUGAAACGUGAUGGAGUAAUCACCGGAGCGGCACAAAAUAGGGGAUAAUGUCUGGUGGGUGGGGAGAGAAGAGAAGGAGAGAGCGAGAGAGAGAGGCUGCUGUGUGGAGGAGCCGAGGCAGUGGCCUAGAUGUGUGAAACGCCAGGGGUUGGUUUUUUUGUUGUUGUUUUUUUUUUGGUUCACUGCUUGACUUCCAGGGGUAACUAUGAGUGUAAUAUGGAAGCUAUAAGCCAUAAAACUCAGAAAAGUUGUGCAAACAUGACUUUAACCGUUAUAAACGUUGUUGGCCAAGCACGAGAGAUCAGUUUGCGCACAGAUGAACAUGGAGCAUGUGAAUGAAACACUCACACUGAAAGUAAAUCUAUUACAUCCCCGGACAGGCAUCCAAACGAGCCUGAGCGACAAAGAUGUCCUUGGAGGCAGACAGCGACAGAGAUUCAUCAGGAGGCGCACAUGACAAACAUCCCCGGGCGGCGUUGGAGCGCAGCGGCUACGUGAAGACAUGUGUCACUCCGCUGCACCGGGACAAGCGGAGCCAGUCGUGGCUGAGACUCUCCGCGAUAUGGACUUGCAGAAGAGUGUCCUCUGCUGUCUGCGUCGCCUCCGUCUCCGCUCUCCUCGCUCUGCUGCUCAGAUUGGUCGAGUGGGAUGCAAGCAGCAGCAGCAGCAGCAGCAGCGGAAAUAGUAGCUGCGUCGGCUCUCGUUUCCACUCAGCGGCGGGCUGCACCGUGGAGCUGCUUCUCACUGCGUGUCACUGCGUCUUGCCUGUUUUUACACUCGUAAGUGCCUUCUUCUGGGUCUGGCUCUGCUUGAUUCGCUGCGGGCUGCUGAUCCGGAGCGCGCUCUUCCUGUUAGCGGUGUGCCACCUGGGCGAAGCCGCGGCGCAGUCGCUGCUGCUGCGCGGCGCGGAGGAGUUGUCGUCCCUGACCGUAACCCUGGUAGUCCUCGGCUGCCUGGGCGGCGGGGCUCUGCUUGUAGUCCGGCCGGGACAGGGAGUGUCCGUCCUCGUCUUCAUUAGCGUCAUCAGGGCCGUGUCCCUACUCUCUCUAAGCAGGGUCCGGGCCAGUUGGAGACCCUACCUGGCCUACCUGCUGGGGGUGCUGGGGGUUUUGCUUGCGAGGUAUGCUGACCGGCUUUUGCCGGCCUCAGGGACCAGCGGGACGGGGUGCUGUAGCUCUGUGACCGGGGCGAAGGAGGAGGACAUCCCUGUCUUCAAAAGGAGACGGAGGUCCAGCUCCAUAGCGGCCUCGGAGAUGAUGGCUCACAGUCAGAGCAACAGCAAGUCCCACCGCAGGACUUCACUGCCCUGCAUUCCGCGGGACCAGUCCUUGGGCACCAGCGUGGUGGUGGACAUCGCGGUGAUGGGAGAAGCCCAUGGUAUGAUCUCAGACCUGCUGGCCGACCCCUCCCUGCCUCCGAACACCUGCAGCUCUCUGAAAGCUGUCAGCAACCUCCUCAGCACCCAGAUCAACAUCCAGCCGCUCCAUCGGCCCCGCAUCCCCACAGAACCCCACGCCUGUUCCGACUCAGAGGAUGGGCCGGAAAGACCCGAGAGACUAGCCAUCCCGAAGCGUCUCAGAAGGAGUCUGCCCCCAGGAUUGCUGAGAAGAAUUUCAUCCACCUGGACCACGACCACAUCAGCCACGGGGCUGCCCACCAUCGAGCCGGGCCCCGUACGGCGAGAUCGCUCUGCCAGCAUCAAACACACUGUGGACAGCGGUGAUUCCUGGAACAACCCAUUGAUGAUAACUAUCUCAAAGAGCCGCUCCAUGUCAGCCUCCUACACUGCCUCUGGCACUUCCAACCACCUCUACACCAAACCACUGGGAAGACCAGGUUUCCCUCCCUCCAACGUAUCACCUCUGGGCUCGCCGUGUCCGUCUCCUCCUGUCCAGGGAACGCCCAUCUCCAGUCCGACGAUAAAAACGUGUUCAGUUCAGCUUCCUGAGCUGGCCAGGCCACUGACAGAGCAGGUUCCUGUGUCUGUUGCCCCCAAGAGCCAUCACAGAGUCUUAACUCACAGCCAGAGUGCGCCAAGCUCCACCACCAUUCAAUGGCGGCCUCCAUCACUCUGCGGCAGCUGCGGCAGGCCGUUCAGCAAUCGACUAAUCAAUGGAGUAGAAUCAGGCAGUAAACAGGACAGAAUACCGCAUCCAGAUGAGCGCAUUGUAGCUUCCUCAGAUUACGACAGCACCUAUGACAGCACUUAUGAGACCAACCACAGUGACAGCAGCGACUUUGCACAAAACGACGACGAAGGAGAAGGAGGCAAGAAGCCGCCUGAAGGAAGGGGAGGCUGUAGGGAGUGUCCGCCGGAGUGCAUCGUUCUUCACCCACUCCUACCAUCCCCAGAGGACAAGUCAGCGUCUGCCCCGGAGAGUCCGGUCAUGCCGGGUCUGGAACCCCUGAUGAGUCAGCUCAACAAUUGGAACUUCCCCAUUUUCAGCCUUGUGGAGAAGACUCAUGGCAAAACAGGCUGCAUCCUCAGCCAGGUAACCUAUCGGCUUUUUGAGGACACUGACUUGUUUGAGACCUUCAAGAUUCCCAUUAAAGAGUUUAUGAACUACUUCCAUGCCUUGGAGAACGGCUACCGGGAUAUACCUUAUCACAACCGGAUCCAUGCGACUGAUGUGCUGCACGCCGUGUGGUACCUCACCACGCAGCCUGUGCCGGGCCUGCCCAUCCUGCCCACUGAGAACGGGAUUCACACUGACUCGGUGAACAAUGUUACGUCUCAAGCGCCGGGCUUCCUGGUUUCCAAGAUGAGCUCUGUGUUGGAAGACGGCUACAAUUCCCUGUCUGGUCUAAUUCCAGCCCUGGAGCUCAUGGCCCUCUAUGUAGCUGCCGCCAUGCAUGACUACGACCACCCUGGAAGAACAAACGCCUUUCUGGUUGCCACAAGCGCACCACAGGCUCUUCUGUACAACGACAGGUCGGUGCUGGAAAACCAUCAUGCGGCUGCAGCGUGGAACCUCUUCAUGUCUCGACCAGAGUUCAACUUCCUGGUGAAUCUUGAACACGUGGAGUUCAAGCGUUUCCGCUUUCUUGUCAUUGAAGCAAUCCUGGCUACUGACCUCAAAAAGCACUUUGACUUCCUCGCUGAAUUUAAUGCAAAGGUGGGUGAUGAAGGUGUAUCUGGCAUUGACUGGACCAAUGAGAAUGACCGAUUGCUGGUGUGCCAGAUGUGCAUCAAGCUAGCUGAUGUCAAUGGACCUUUGAAGAAUAAGGAGCUACAUCUGCAGUGGACAGAAGGGAUUGUCAAUGAGUUCUAUGAACAAGGUGAUGAAGAAGCAACUUUAGGCCUUCCUAUCAGCCCAUUCAUGGACCGGUCUGCCCCCCAACUCGCCAAACUACAGCAGUCAUUCAUCUCCCACAUAGUGGGACCACUGUGCUCCUCCUACGACUCUGCUGCUCUCAUGCCAGGGCGCUGGGUGGACCUGUCUGAAGAGUCGGUUGAGAUAGAUGUGGAAAAGGAAGGACAGGACACAGAAGAGGAGGACACGGCGGAUGAGGAGGCGUCAACAGGUUCCGAUGGGUCCCAGAGGCAAGAAGCCAAAAAGCUGCGCAGACGGAAGGUCUUUUGUCAGAUCACACAGCAUCUCCUGGAAAACCAUGAAAUGUGGAAACGCGUCAUUGCAGCCGAAGCGUCAGAGGAGACUCAAGAAGAGAAGGCCAACUGCUUAGACAAACCUGCAGAUUCAAUCACAGCAAUCCGCGAGGAGGAGGAAGAGCAGGAGCAGGCGAGCAAAGAGGAGGAGUCAGCCGACGACCUCGAUGAAGCAGAAGAGAUGGCGGCAGCGGAGGAACAGGAAGUCCUUCCACAAUCAGAGACCUCAGGAGAAAAAGAGGACGUUCCAGAAUGAGAUUAUAAACUUGAACCUCCUCUUAAACCAGGAAUCUUGACCAUUGUUUGAAAACGUUAGUUUUUUUUUCCUAACCAAACUCUUUGUAUGGUAGCCAGCACAUCACUUUGACACAACACUGUAGAAUAUGUUUUGGGUAAAAUGUGCCUAACAAAAUCAGGGUUGAGUGGGAUGACUCAGAGUCAGUACAUCUGAUGAGGAGAUCAGCAAAAGACGAAGAAAUAGUAGAAACAGAGUGGUGAUUGCGAAUAACAGACUUAAGUUAGUUUUUUUUACUUUUCGAGCUUACUCUUUUUCUGGAGCCCUGCCCUCACCCAGGUUGACCCUUGUGCACUAAUGGGCCAACAAAUGCUCUUCCUGCAUCUCCCAUUUUAUCAACACCCUGUGUAGCCAACACAGCUUGCUGAAGGUGUGCAGCAAGCCCUUUCUUCAGGACAAUGGGAUGAAAGUCAGGGAAAAGGCUGUCUGCAGUCAUGUGGAGUAAAGGAGACUGAAGAAAGAGCCAGUGGUAUUGUGUAAAAAUCAGAGGACCACGCAAGUUUCACACAAUCGCACUCACAUUCCACACUCCAAACAGAGAAGAAGUUUAAAAAAGAACCUUGUUGCUCCAAAAGCUUUAUUCUUUCUCAAGGAAAAUCUCACAAAACAAAGUUUUAGCAUUCAGUUUCUCCCUGUUUUGUUUUUUUUACAAAUUUUUGGUCUCUCGGGCCACACAGACACCAACGUGUUUUCAGGCUGAACAACUCAGGAAGGCAGAAUUAGAAUCACAAAAGGACUUCCAAUGUCCUCGUCCUUGUAUUUCUCUCUGCUUCUGCUUUCAUCUGUUUGCUUCUAUCUCCUCUAAAUACCCGGAAAUGUUGGGCUGUAUUUGUACAGCCUCGCAGGAACCAAAAUGGAGUAAAAAAAACAAACAAAAAAGGUAACGUUGGCAUUUUGGUGAAAUCUUUGCAAGUAUAAAGUAUACUGCUGUGGUGGACAAGGCUAGUGCCGAGUCACAGGGCCAGUUCACCCGAGAUUUACAUAAAGAAGACUUUCUAGACCUGAAAGGUCAGUCGGCAACAAUUAGGCGCUGCGCACCAAUAAUAAAAUGUCUAGAUGUCAGAUUGUAAACAAGGGCAUUAUAGCCUUUUUUGUAUUUUCAAAAAAAAUGGUAAAGGGAAUUUAAGUAGCAUGUAUAUGUAGCCAGUUUCAAUAGUAGCAUGGAGAGAAAAAUAAAACAGAAUAAGGGAUGUAAGCACUUUAAAUAACACAGAGACUAACAUUUUUGUUCAAAGUUGACACUGGUCCUGUAGAGAAAGGUUCCUCUGAUUAUACCUUACACUCUAAAAACUGCUGGUUUAUAAACAACACUAUUAGCAUUAUUUUGCCACCAGUCCGAAGAUUUAUUUCACACGAUUAAACCAUUGGUUUCACACAGCAUACAGUUAGGUUUUGACCCCUAAAAUAAGGUGAAGUGGCUAAUAUCUAACACUAGUGGUGAAGAGAUAAUAGAGAAAAUACAACUAAACAAAGUAGUAUUUGAAUAAGAUGUAUUAUUUGUAUUUCUAUGUCACAGUCAUUUAUUAUAACUCACUCGUUUACUUUUCGACGUAGUAAAUGUCAUAAAUAUUGAAAACAUUAGGCCACUGAUAGGAACAUACCAACUAAUGAGACUUUACGAACAGUUAAAUUUCAUUCUCAGAAUAUAACAGCGUGUAGAAUAUUGAUUUGAUCAAAGUAUGAACGUUGAAUAUGUCUAGCGUUAGGUUGUUGUACCUAAUGCUGUACCUAAAAGUAGCUAUUGGGUACUGAGCAUGUAAAAGGCUAUUGUUAAUAUUAGAUUCAGUGAACAAACUUGUGUUUUUGUGUGAAUUAAAGUCAUAGCAAAUCCCACUGACAUUAACAUUAUUACGGUAUACAGAGUAAUCUUAACCUUUUAUUUUGCAAAAAAAAAAAAAAAUCUAAAUUGUGAACCUAUGAGGAUUCAUUCUUCUUUUUAACUCUAAAUAUUUGACCCAGUUUUUGUUUAAUCUUCUUUCCCUAAAGUAUGAACCCAGCAUUUGAGUUAAAGGAAUAACCCAGCAGUUGUUUGAGUGUAACUGUAUCAUAGCGUAUGCCCUGACAGGUGGUGCUCAUGCUCUCCUUUGAUGUCCUCAGAAAUUCUGAUUGGUGAUGAUGGAGGACAGCGUGAACAUCAAGAACAGCCCCAAGUAAUGAGGCUUAGUAAGGAAACCGGGGAGAUAUGAGAGAAGGGAGAGGAAGCCUUUUAGCAUUACAUGUAGCUUUCCAUGAAGGGUCAGCAGGGUCUUAAAUAUCUUUGAUAUUUCAGAUUGUUCUAGAUGCAGCUCUUUGAAGAGGAUCAAGUUUGGUUAGAAGUCAAAACCAUGUGAUGAUCUGUGUUCCCAAGGUAUUAACAGAAACAAGCAUUACAGCCUAUUUAAACUGACAUCGGAUAAGUAUCGGGGGAGGUUUGAGGCUGCUUAGCGUCUUCACUCACAUAGCAGCAACAGGUAGCUUCCAUCAGAAUCAUAAUUACAGCUGAAAGACUAUUAGCGCCGCGAGAGUUGCAGCUGACUCAAGACGAAGGCAGAGCAGAUUACAGUACACUCAGACACUUUAUGAGGUGCACUUCAUCAAUUCCUUGAUACCGCUUGUAAUGAAUCAGCCAAUUAUAUUUAGGCCCUAAACGCUGAGGACAACCUGCUGAGGUUCAAACUGGGGUUAGAAUGGGAAAUAAAAGGGGAUUGAAAAGGCCAUUGUUGUUAGUUUUAGACUUCAUGGUAAGAGUAUUUUAGAAACCGCUCAUCAACUGCCAUUAUCACAAACAUCUGUCAGGUUUACAGAGAAUUGUCUAAAGGGGGCGGUAGUUGUGCCAGCGAAAACGCCUUGUUGAUGCCAGGCGUUGGAGGAGAGUGAGUAAACUUUAUUGGGAAGGUAAAAAAAAGUCACAGUAGUACAAAUAACCCAACAUUACAACCAGUGUUUGACUGAAUACAAGUUCUCCCAUUUAUGGCCACAGUGAACCCAUCUUCUAAUGGCUACUAGCAGGAUAAUAAACUAUGUCCCAAAACUCAAUUCAUUCAAAAUUGGUUUCUUGGAAUAACGUUGCGUUCACUGUACUUCAGUGGCCUCUUCAGUCCCCAGAUUUCCAUCCAUUAGAAUGCCUUUGGAUGAGGACAUUAGCAUCAGGGAUGUGCACCAACGUUUGGAAGCUAUCAUUACAUUAUAUCAUGUUUAAUCUGUCAGACUUAAAAUGCAUGGAGGUCAGACCCUGCACCGACAAGGCGAACUUGAUAAAGUUGCUGGUGAGUGUAAGAGUGAUUGUACUAGAUGUCUAAAGCAAUCAAACAGCAGGGAGUUUUCUACUGUAUGAUAACCUGAGGAGCGAGAUUACAGGUAAUAACCAGUAUUGAUGGUCGGAGCCCCUGUAGCUCUCAUAUAGCAGGUGAGUUGCUGGGUAACGAUUGAUCAGUACUAACUACCUGACAUACACCAUACAUGCCCUUUAAGCAGUCAGGCUGAUGUUUUUAAACACUCUCAAUUAAAAAACAAGACUUAUGCAGUCUACUAAACAUGCUUGUUUCAUGUGACAAAAUUUCUUACUGAUUUACUGUUUGCUAAUACUAUUGUAAUGCUGUAGAAAUAUUUAUCUGUAUCAACUGCACUGUUAUGAGAAUGCCCAUUAUAGCACAGGAGGGCUAAAAUGUGCAACAUUAUACCCUUGACCGCUCAUUGGCUUUACUCAGUAACAUGGAGUACUUGAGUUUGUUUGUUACACUAUAAAUUAGGAAGUCUACAACAAUCACACCAUUUGCUUAUUGUUUUUGUUUGCAUGUAAAUCCAAGAGGCUUAGACAUAGAUUUUUUUCCCCUUCAUCAUAACCUAGAAGACGUUCCAAGGACCUGCUAUUGAGAUGGCAUAAAACAGCGAAAAGCAACAUGUGGUAAUGUUAAUCUGAGGACAUCGAGGUAAAAAAAUAAAAAAAGAUUGGCAAAGUAAGAAAACUAAAAUUUUGCAUAAAAUGUAAAUCUCUUUCAUUUGGAUCCAAAAUACCUCCCUGAACUAAUCCCUUCAGACUCUAUCUUUGUAAUGCCUUGACAUGCAGAUAAGCAUGCCCUUAAACACAAAAAAACAUGCUUGUAGCUGUAGUUUCAUAAAAAGAGGAACCUUUUGAACUUGAAAUACUAUGAAAGUAACCACAACACUGUAGAAAAAAUGACAUUUCAGCACACCAUAUACAAUACAUUACACCCAAAUCCCAUCCAAAGCUCCAAGUCAGUGUUCAGACAUUUUUUCAUAUUUUUUUUCCAUUGUUGAGCUUAAAUUUGAAUAGCCUCGGAGUAUAAAACUCUCUGAGACAAAACAUGUCUUUCUUCUCCAACUGUACAGUGCAACAAUCAAAGAGACUUGAAGCAAUCAAAGGGUUUCCAUUUACAAGAUUUUCCAGAUAUGUGUUGUUUUUUUUAAUCACACAUAUGUAUGCAUAGAUUGAAGUCUGCCUACGUUUGGAGCUCUGCUUGUGCAAGUCCUCAGAAAUUCAAAUGUAUGGAUCAGUGUUUUGUAGAAGCAGUAGGAACGAACAGACCGGAUUUGCACUUACUAAGUGCUGUGAAAGAUAUUCGUCCCCUUGGAGAUUUCUUAUGCUUUUAGUCACACUUAAACUUUUCAUACCACUUUUACUAGCCAGAGAUGGCCAGUGCAAUUACCAAAAAACAUUUGCAAAUACAAUGCAAAUGUUUUUUGAAGGAGGUGUGGGGGUCGUUCUGAUAUGCCCCCCCCAGUGGAGCCAUCUUGGCAUUAAGCAGAAUAAAGGGGCAGAAAUUACCUCCAGAAUACAACCAGUUGACAAUGUAAAAGUUCAGUUAAAGAACAGUUUUAAUUCUAUACUUAGAGUGUAAAAAUCUUUCUAAAUUGUUUUAAAUCCAAGACUUGUGUAGGUUUUUAAUGAACAAUAACAAUUAAGUUUAAAGAAUAAUUUCAAUAUUUUAGCUUUUUAAAUUCAGUAUUGUAUGUAACCAUUUACAUUUUAAAGAGCAGAUUCAUGUUUUCCUUUUAGAAAUCUAGUUUGACGCAACUUGAUUUUCUGCUCUACUUAUAUCUAGCUCCAUAAGUCUGAGAAUUGUCUAAUCCAUGUUGAAUCAUUUCACAACCAUUUAGAGUUAAACACCCAUUUGAUAAAUAACUGAAGGAAAAUUUUUUUAUUCAUCUGUAAUGUCAAAUGAGCCUUGAAAAAAUUAAACAGCGCAAACAGAUUUGCAAAAUGAUUAAUUUUGUGUACAUAUAUUAAAAAAUAUCCUUUGAGUCUCAUACAGCAUUUUUUUUCCCAGAGCAUGAGAGUUAAGAUAAUCAGAUAAUGCAUAAUUUUAAUGUUUAAAGACAAUUUUUGAGAAAUUGCUAGAUGCACAUAUUUAGUAAGAAAUUAAAAUAGGGAAAUUUGUAAGUCAUUUUUUUAAGACCUCCACCACAAAACCGUAGCUGAGUAGCACUUACAUUUACCAAACAUUUUGCUUUACCUCCAUCUAAGCAGGUCAGCCAUGUGAUCAAAAUAGGUGAAGUCCACAACACUGCUCGUCAUUUUGGUGCAGCUCAAUAUUCUGGUAAAAUAACUUCAUCCAGGCAAUAUUUUCUCAUCAAAAGUUCUUUGCCUAAUGUAACUAUUAAAUAGUUAUAUUAUUUUGAUGUUCAAAACCAUGAAAUAUGCAAAAACAAACAACAACAAAACUUGAAAAAGAGAACAUUUGCACAUUUUACUACUUCUGUGGCAAAUUGAUGCAGCACAACAUCCUCUGGAAAAGUAAGAAUGAAGCUAGAAGUUGCUAGUGAGUAAUGGCAUUACAUUAAGAACACCAGACCCACCCAUAUGUGUAUAACACAAUGGCCAGCCAAUGCCAAAGUAGAAGCAGAAAAAUUUCCAGGCAUAGAUUUACUUGUCAAUUUGUCCAGUGAAGUAGAGAAAGUCUGGUAGAAAUGUGGUCUGAGAACAGCAGCUUGGAGACAUAGCAACCCGGCACCCCUCAAAGCUCUCGUUGCCUGUAAUUUUUAAAUAUAGCUAUAGCUGCUUGUGACAAAAUGUGUGUUUUCAAAAAUUAAAAUUCUAUUAUGAUUUGGCCAGAUGUAAUUUUUGCUCUGGUUCUGACCAGCAUUGUGGUGGACUGUCUCAGUCCGUACUGACUAUGGACCUGACCAGCAAAAGGAAGAACCAGGAUAACAAUAGUGUCACCAAAGCACAAUAAAUGCGAAAACUAUGCGGUGUUUGUGUAAAACAUAGUGCAAGUGAAUGUAACCAUCUGAAAGUCUCACUUUUCUACACAUUAUCAAUACUUUGAAGGUUUAACUUCACUAAAGUAAUGUCACAAUUAUCACUACGACAGACUAUUACCUGUCAGGCCCCUCUAAGUUUGUCUGCUGUUACUUUCCCUAAACACAUUGUUUGGGCCUAAAAGUCAGGCUUCAUGUAAGAAGGCUGUAAGUUAUUCUUUUGGCUCAGACACAGAAAAAGGUUGUUGCUAUGGUAAGUAAAACCCUGCAGGAAAGUUUAGAGAGUUUGACUGAAUAAUUUAACUGAAUCAGCUGACAUUAGUGGAUACUUGGUCCUGCCAAAGGCCAAAUGAUAGUGAAAACUGAGUAAAACAACAAAAUACUCCUGCAGAGAAAUUUUUCUUUUUAAGUUUAGCACAUAACACAAUUAUACGGCUGCAUACUUCACUACAGCGAUUUGUAGUACCUGUUUUAACUGCGUUGUGUUUGUGUCGGUCAGCGUUUUUAUCCUUGGGUGAAAAGUGUUUUGAACAGAGAAGUUGUUUUUGUUUUUGUUGAUGAGGAGAAAUUCACCUGUGCUUACUUUCACCUGCUUUUCCAAUAAAUAGGUAAGUAAGCUUGGGUUUUACAUACAGCACAUAAUUGCUCAUACCUGGUAGUUGACCUUUUGGUUUACAAAGUCAUGUUUCUAAAAGAUAUUUUGUGUCAAAAGGGUGGAUUUUAAAAAGAGUCGUCUUUUUUGGAAAAUAAUGGAAAUGCCAACGAGGAUUCAGUUAUACUCAAUACUUUCAAAACUAUGCUAAAGAGGAUGAUAUGGGCCCUUUAAGUACAACUUUUCAAUAAUGAUUUGUCCUCAUAAUUUGGUCAUUUUUCGGCAUUAUGGAACAUGAAAAAUAAUUAUUUAAUUGGUUUUGGCAUUUAUGACUACUCUUCUUAGCAAUUUGACCUGUUUUUCACUUGUCUGUCUUUCUUUUGUCAAUGUUAGUCAUCCUAAUUCUCCAUGAUGGCAUUAUUAACUUGAUUUAAAUUGUUUUCUGUUUCGAAAGACAGAAAAAGAACAGAGUCUAAUCAGAGCCACGCUUCUUAAUUUUUAUCAAGGUAUGAGUGUUUUCUUUGAAAUAUUGUUGCAACUGGAUUUACUUCUGCAAACCAAAGAAAUACUUUUGAGCUUUGCAGUUUUUGGUGAUUUGCACAAAAUGAGCCCUAAACUAAUUUUCUUUUUUUUUUUCUUUACAUCGUUAUGUAGAACCUUGUGAUGUUGGGAUAUGUAUACAUUAUAUACACAUUUUGUUGUUAUAUGAAAACGCAGAUUAAACUGAAUGAAAAACUGUCAGCAGUUAUCUAGUAGACCACUGCUUAUAGUGUUAAUAUGUUUAAUUGAUUUAUUCUUUCACUCCCAUGUUAGUGGACUUUGGUAGCACGACAGUUUAACUCACCAACUCUUCACAGACUGAAGGCAUCGUAAACCAAAAACAAACAAAAAAACAAUUUUUCUGCUAAGUUAAACAGGGAUUUCUCUCCUGUGCCAUAACAUUUUCACAUGUACAUGUAUCUACAAACUGUUUUAAGGCUUUCCACGUUUGUCUCAAGCAAAACCAAAACAAUUUUCUUCCACCAUCUGUAAAAUAAGACAAGGCUGGUAUGGUUUUUUUCUGCAAUUGCAGUCGCUUCACUGACUCAGUUCUUUAUCUUUUCUCUCUCUAGUACCUUGCACUUGACUCAUGUAGCAAUACCUACAGGAUGGGGGAAAUUGUGUGAUUCACCAGUAUUUAAGGAAAAUAUAACUUUUUAUUUCUUGCUAUUGUUUGACUUUGUAUAAAAAUAUAUACUGUACAGAUUUAAAAAUAUAUUAUGACAAAUGAAAAAAAAAAACUUUUAGAAAUAAUAUUUAUUUUUACUGUUUUGUAAUUUAGACACAAUACUGUAGCUCCUCUAUUGCCAGACUUACUGGAAGUGCCUCUCAAUAAUGUAUUACAAAGUAACUAUACAAUAUAUUGGGAUUAUUAGAACCUGUCACUAGCAAGGCAUUGUUGAUGUUGUAUUGUGACUAUUGUUCAAUAAUAAGAUUUAUAAAUGCUA